AGUAACACCUACGGUCCCUCUCUCAGAAGACAUACGGUAGCGCUUCCGCCUCACCCAACUCUCAAAACUCGGCAAAGGAGGGGCGGAGGGCCUGUGUCAUCAGCGUGCGCCGGCCUGCCCCGCGACGCGCCAGCGCCUGGCGCAGCCCUUUGCUCGCCCGGCCUCCCCCUCCCUGGUUCCGCGCUCUGGUUCCGCCAUGGAAUCCAACAAGGAUGAAGCCGAGCGCUGUAUCAGCAUCGCCCUCAAGGCCAUCCAAAGUAACCAGCCCGAUCGGGCGCUCCGCUUCCUGGAGAAGGCGCAGCGACUGUACCCGACGCCGCGAGUGAGCGCUCUGAUCGCGUCCCUCAACCAGAAACCACAGUCUGCUGGUGAACAAGCCCAUCCCACAGAUGCCACCCACACAACCCACAGGAAAGCAGGAGGGAGCAACACCCCCUCAGCCAACGGGGAAGCUGGAGGAGGAGGAGGAGGAGAGAACACCAAAGGCUACACCGCAGAACAGGUGGCCGCAGUGAAAAGGGUCAAGCAGUGUAAGGAUUACUACGAGAUCCUAGGGGUGAGCAGAGGAGCUUCGGAUGAGGACUUGAAGAAGGCCUACCGCAAGCUGGCCCUCAAAUUCCACCCGGACAAGAACCAUGCGCCUGGUGCCACAGAAGCCUUCAAAGCCAUUGGCACAGCAUAUGCGGUACUUAGCAACCCGGAGAAAAGGAAACAGUAUGACCAGUUUGGUGAUGACAAGGGCCAGGCUGCCCGGCACGGCCAUGGGCACGGGGACUUCCACCGUGGCUUUGAGGCCGACAUCUCCCCCGAAGACCUCUUCAACAUGUUCUUCGGCGGUGGCUUUCCUUCUAGUAACGUCCAUGUCUACAGCAACGGCCGCAUGCGCUACACCUACCAGCAAAGGCAGGACCGCAGGGACAACCAGGGUGAUGGCGGGCUCGGGGUAUUUGUCCAGCUGAUGCCCAUCCUCAUCCUGAUCCUCGUGUCAGCUCUUAGCCAGCUCAUGGUCUCCAGUCCACCCUACAGCCUGAGCCCGAGACCCUCGGUGGGCCACAUCCACAGGCGAGUCACUGACCACCUGAGUGUCAUCUACUACGUGGCAGACACUUUCUCAGAGGAGUACACAGGUGCCAGCCUCAAGACUGUUGAGCGGAAUGUAGAGGACGACUACAUCGCCAACCUCCGAAACAACUGCUGGAAGGAAAAGCAGCAAAAGGAAGGCUUGCUAUACCGGGCCCGCUACUUCGGUGACACAGACAUGUAUCACAGAGCACAGAAGAUGGGCACUCCAAGCUGCAGCCGGCUGUCAGAGGUGCAGGCUUCCCUGCAUGGAUAGUCCUGGGCCAUCCACACCAUCCAGGCCCAAACUAUGAAAUCCCUGGAGAAUUUCUGGUGACACUCACUGAGCCAAGGUGAUGGACUGUAUACUUAAGGAAAGACAUACAAAGACAAAAAAAUUAAAAUGGAAUUGGAGGCCGAACACCGCACAACUGCCCUCUCUCUCGCCCAAUAAAUGCAGAAAGGUCUUAGGACAGACAGAAAACCUGCUGCUUCCCUCUCUCCCAGGGCUGGCGGAGGCUCUGCAUCGCGGGCUCCUAGGAUACAGAAACCAUGGCAACGAAAGUAGAAUGUAAAACUUGCUGCGAAGGAACGCCUGGGGGAAGGGCUGGGAGAGGAGCCGCCCAGUCCCCCUUCUCCCCUCAGGACCCCCACCAGUCACCUGCAGAAGGAACUGGGCAGGGAGCUGACCGGGAUAAAUGAGGAAGAAGCCACAGAAUGUAACUUCAAGAUGAGUGAGAUGUAUAUAUAUCUAUUUAUAUGUAAAUAGGCAUAUAUAAAGAUAGAUAUAUAUAUAUAGUAUACUUUUUAAACUAUGCAGUGAUUGGGUUAAGUUGUUCAGCUGAUUGCUUCUGUGUUAGGAAAUGAGGCCUGUUUGGAGAAGACAGUUGGCAAAGCUAGACAUUAGCCACAGCUGAUGUCGUAAGAAAAGAUGGGUCUCAUGCUUUUAAUGUCCCUCUCUCCCCAGCGCCAGACUGUCUCGGAUGGUAGCAGUAAUCAUGAUGGUAUAAACCCAUAGUAAACUUUGGAGGUUGCCAGGGUUAUAUUGAGCUGCAGAAGAAGCAGGGAUGGAGCGGGAAACAUGGCCCAGGGGGUAAGUCCCUGCUCAGUACUGAGCUACGGCACUGGGCUGAAGCCUCAUGUCAGCUGCCACCCCAUGGCCAGUUCUCAGCCCUGGUUCCAGGAGCCUUUGAGCCAGCAGGCUGCAGUGCUUAGCAGGGGCCAGGCCCUGCCUAACUUUCCCACCCAAGUCCCCGAGUGGGUUUUGCCUUAGCGGUGCCAUAGGGCACAGCUCCAUCAAUGCCACCCUUUUCCUACGUCAUGUACCAAGGACUCCAGAAGGCGCUUUCUCAGAAUCAGCCCAGGACCCCAGGGCAGCAGCUAGGCCCAUGAAGAAAAGCUCAUGCCUGGGGCACCACCAUCAUCACCUGUCAUGGAUGUCACCAACAGGCCACGUAUGUGGUGGCCAAAGGAUGAAUCUGAACCAAAAAAAAAAAUUUUUUUUUUACCCUCCCUGUCAAAUGAAGAUUUUCUCAAAGCAGCUGUUGCUGCCAGGGGUGGGGAGUUUUAUUUAUUCCCAUGUUUAUACUGGGCCUUUUGGAAUUGCCAUUUUUCCAGAGUUCUUCUGUGGCAGUGGGUGUGGUGUGGAGCCUGCUGUCUCCAAAGCCUUACUUCCCAAGCUGCCAGCUGUGAGCUGGUAACUGGCCUCCCUCCCAGAGUUCCUCUUGGUUCUUUUUAAAAAAGACUUUCCCCCCGGAAAAAAAAAAA